AUGCGGGGCGGCGGGGGCGCGGGGCAGGCGCGGCGGCGGCGGGCGCGGGGCGGCGGCGGGCGGCGGGCGGCGGCCAACGCGCGGGAGCGGGACCGCACGCACAGCGUCAACACGGCCUUCGGCGCCCUCCGCCGGCUCAUCCCCACCCGCCCGGCCGACCGCCGCCUCUCCAAGGUGGAGACGCUGCGCUUGGCGUCCAGCUACAUCUCGCACCUGGCCAACGUGCUGCUGCUGCAGCAGCGCCGGCAGGACGAGGCGGUGGGUGCUGAGCAGCCCUGCCCGCAGCCCUGCCCGCAGCCCGCUCAGCCCUGCCCGCAGCCCUGCCCGCAGCCCGCUCAGCCGUGCCCGCAGCCCGCUCAGCCCGCUCAGCCGUGCCCGCAGCCCUGCUCGCCGCCAGGUGCCUCCGCGCCUCGCUCCAUCUGCACCUUCUGCCUCAGCGACCAGCGGCAGCGGCAUCGAGAAAGAGAGAAACCAUCACCUGCUGCAGGCGUAACCGGACUCUGAACAGGCUGAGGUCUCGCACCACUCCUGCUCUGACUGUGCCACUGCUCUGGGUAACAUCGCCUCACUCGUGCUGCAUGUUUACAUUUAGAUAGCACAGUCCUAAAACAGUUACUUUUUAAGGCUAUGCACUUUGUUUCAUAUUGUGAGAGUUUUUUUCAGGGCGUUUUACAAAUUAAAUUCACUGCCUCUGUUGGGACAGUUGCACCUGGCGCUGCAGCUAUUUUAGCGCGAGAAAUGUUAAACCUCAGCGGCCAAGCCCUGAUCCUGAUGCCUCCUAAACCUGUGUCGCAUGAUGAAACUUGAACUUCCAAACACACAGUGUCCCCUGUCAGGGGAAGCUGUCAUGAACACGCCAUGCCCUACGCCUCCAGCCCAGCCCGGGCUGCACGCAGCGCUGCCGCCCACCCCUCCAGCUGCACGCCAGGCCUUGGGGACAGGGGCUGAUGCCGACAGCUGACAUGCUUGAGAGGUCUCAACGAUGCUGGGAGAUUAUUUUGAGGUGUUCACAGAAAGUCGGAAAACUUCCAGUGAAAGCAGCACCGUUGGCUGUGCACAGGCACAGAGGCACGGGACAUGGGCAGCACAGCAGAGGAAAGGGGAGAAGUGCAGUGUAAGCGAUGCUCUUUUCUUAUUAACAGUGUGAGUCCUGCCAGUCUUUAAAUAACACGGGAUAUUCCUAAAUCUGUCUGGCAAGGAGGGUUUCCCAAGGGCUUUUACCGAUCGCCCAGCUCGUUCCAUAAUUGUGCCCUGUACAUCACUGAGGUUGUUUAUCUCCCCUCAGCUUACUAACUUGUAUUUUUUUUUUCUUUCAGAAGUAACUCUAAAAGGCAAAUAAGCAUAUUCUGUUUUCAGAUUUGGACAUUAGUGAACCAGCAGGCUAAAAUCUUAAACCCCAGUAAUGCUGGAUUCUAAGAAACACAGAGGUUAAUUUUUCAAUGUUUUUAAUAGCUAUUUAUAAUAUAAUUAAUUGGGCUUUUAUUAAUCUUAAUUUUUUACUUUGGGAGGCACUCUGUACUCUUUGAGAGCUUGGUAACCGUGCCGCUCCAAGAAGUGCUGCAAGGAGAACUUGUCUCCUUUUUCCCUCCCUGAUGCCAUCUGUGCUCCUGGCCAGCCUUGCUGCUCUGGCCAAACAUGAGGGCUGAAGAAGCAGCACAGUGUUGCUCACUUUCUUUUCUGUACAGAGUUUUCUCUUCUUGCCCUACAUAAAUGCAAAGCAAAUCCUGGCAGACGUUAUGAAGAACUUGGCAAGAGCAAAGUCAUGGUGGACUCCUAUACAACUUCACCUUUUUAGCUUCCCUUCUCCCCUGCCCAACACACAGUGGCCACUUUUUCUGUAGCACAAUGAGGAAAAAUCUGCUGUACCUACAAAAAUGCAAUAAGCUCUUCCUUUGAAUUCCAACAAAGAAAAAUACCAAGCAAAGCCCUAGAGAUUCCACAUCACAUCAGUCUCUUCAGUUAUUAAAAGCCACAGGCUGUGUUUUCCUGGAUUGAGAGGAGAUUUUUGCUUUUAGAAGGUUUCUAUCAUUAAUCUUUUUUUAAUGAGGAACUUUCAAUUGCUGCCAGAUCAUGGUCUUUGUUUGUUUUGGCAAUGAUUUGUGAAGCUGGAACUCUUUACAGUUUUGCAUAAAGUGUUUUUUUUUUUUUUUUUUUAAUUUUUGUGUUGUGUUGGCCUCUAUGUGUGGGUAUAGAGUUCUACAAACAUAUCUUCCUGGACUUUUUUAAUCAACUUGAAAAAAAUUGUCCUUUAAAAAGUUAUUUACUCUACAAUUAAAGCUGAUCUUAUAGUUAGGCCCUACAUUCUUAUGAACCCAUUAAACCAAAGUAUCUGACCUCUUUAUAGACAUAAAACUUAUGUUAACACUAUUAACACUAAUUUAUUCAUUUAGCUGUAUCAUUUCAUAUUAUACCCUAAAAUGACAAAACAUAAUUCAGUUUCAAACAGUUUUAGGAAAAUUUUUCAUUGAGUAUGCUCUGAAUUUUGGAAUUUGUAAGAAAGACAAUAAAAUUAUUUAUUUCAGGUUUUCAAAAUGCUGUGAUUUUAUUGCAGUUUUAAGAGUUUUUAGUGUAGCUCUUGGCAAAUGGAGUAUAUGUGGAUUUAAUGAGAUAUCCUUAUACUCAGUUGUUAAAGGAAAUGAGUACAAAAUGUGAAGUCCACUUCUGUACCAAAGAGCUGAAAUCUCAUAAAUUGAAACUCUCAUGAAUAAUUUCUACAAUCCUACAGGAAUUUGGUGUUCUCCCUUUAAAAGGGCUUUUUUCUCCCCAGUUUUGUAAAGGGUUUAUACAAAAUGCUUUCCAAUGACAAAAGCAGAAGCAGCCCCUAACAACUUGGCCUUCUCUCCUGUUUAAUGUGGCUCAGUGUAACAUUAAAUUCUUCUCUCUUUACUCAGGAUAAACUGUUGAAUUCAACUGGGCUUGAAGAUUUUCUCAGGGUUUCAAUUACUAAAUAAUACAGGAGUUUCAGCAACACUGAUUGAUCGUGGCAGAAAUUAGACCCCAGAGCACUGUGGCCCAAAUAUUUAUGGUAUAGACAGAUAAUGUCUAUCCAAAGCAAUUAUAACCGUGAUUUCUCUGAGGAACUUUUAUGUAUUUGUAAGUGUGUGUAUUUAAAUGAGGAAAAUUGGGGACAAAUCCUUCACUUUGCCGAAAUUUAUUUGUAAUGUAAAACUUCUCUAACCCCAGGAGAAAAAGAAAAAAAAAAAAAAAAAAACCUUCAAGAUCGAGCUGUUACUCUGUAAUGGGUUUUCUAUAAAUCAAGGGAAAAGAAUUUAAUUUCUGGAGACACAGAUGCAUUGAGGACUCACAAUGAACAUAUAAAGAGCUCAUCAUCAUUCAAUAUUUUACCGACUUUUUACUGUGUGAGAUUGUGUGUCUUAUCAGUCCUACUUUUUUAAUCAUGGAGCAGCUUUAUUCAUGGCAUGCACAAAUAUACAAGUCAAAAUCUUGAGGGUGUCUGAGAGCAAGUACCUUACUUGGUGGUGAGGCAUUGGAAUAAUGUGAGUUUUUCCAGAGGUGCCAAACCACCUCUAGUUCUGCAGAUAUUGGGGGUUUGACUUAUUUGUGAGUGCAUUCUGUUCUGUGUGUAUGAACAGAGUCAUGCCUGAUGCCAAUCCCAGCUUUGUUUUCCUGUAAACACUUGGCUAUUCAAUUUACAUGAUGCAUGAAUAAAGCAGAAACAGUGAGAUACACACCAUUUGGUCUCAGAUCCUAUUAAAUUAUUGUUAAAAUAAUCCAAGCAUGGUACUUUGUAUAAAUCAUUUUACUUAGCCUGCUACAUCACUGUAUAAAAACAGCACCAAGCAAAGUGAAUAAAUCAUGUUGUUUGAUUUUACUGGUUAAGUUUAA